AUGAGAUCUCUGGCCGCCACGCGACGCCUCGUUUCACUGCAAAGACGCGACUUCUCGAACAAUUUCCGGAUCGUCGAAGUGGGAGCACGCGAUGGACUGCAAAACGAGAAGAACUUUGUGCCGACCGAGACGAAACUGGAGCUGAUCAAUCGAUUGGCGGAAAGUGGACUAAAAACGAUUGAGGUGACGUCGUUUGUCGCACCGAAAUGGGUACCCCAAAUGGCCGAUCACAAGGAAAUCGUGAAGAAAAUUCGACGUUUAGAUGGCGUUUCGUAUCCGGUUUUAGUCCCGAAUCUAAAGGGUUUGGAGUCAGCAAUUGCCACAGGAAAAGUCGACGAAAUUGCGCUUUUCGUGGCUGCUUCGGAUGCUUUCAAUAAGAAGAACAUCAAUUGUACGACAGAUGAAUCGGUGCAAAGAGCGGCAGAGGUGGCAAAAGCUGCGCUAAAAGAAGGAAUUCGAGUUCGCGGAUAUAUCAGCACGGUGAUCGGAUGCCCGUAUCAAGGAGACACCGAUCCACGCGAGGUUUUGAAGCUUUCAGAGCAAUUGCUGCAAAUGGGAUGCUAUGAGAUCAGUUUGGGUGACACGAUUGGUGUGGGAACGCCGGGAAGUGUGGCUAAACUUUUGGAUGCAUUAAAAGGAGGGGUUCCUUUUGAGAAAUUGGCGGUUCAUUUCCAUGACACUUUUGGGCAAGCAUUGGCUAAUACGGUGGUUUCAAUUGAGAAGGGGAUUCGAGUGGCCGAUUCGAGUAUCGCCGGAUUGGGUGGAUGUCCAUACGCAAAGGGAGCCACGGGAAAUCUGGCGACCGAGGACUUGGCGUACAUGUUGAAUGGAAUGGGAUUGAACACGGGAGUUGAUUUGGGAAAAUUGGUUGAAACGGGACAAUGGAUUUGCGAGAAAAUGGGAAGACAAAACUCGUCGAGAGCCGCCUCAGCGAUCCUCAAUAAACAAGCGAAACAAAAGUGU